ACGUGUGUGAAAAGCUGAAGGCGGGUAAGUUUUAUGUGUCUAGAACCGUUGAUAUUUGGUGACAUGUUGGGACUCGGUGGUCUGUCCUGCUCCUGUGUCAGUACUGUAAGGGGAAGAAGCGUUGGAGGUUCAUCUCGGCGCGUUUCCUCCUGUUCAGAGCAGAGACACUGAGCAGUGGGCUGAGCUACAUGUCAACACACUUAAGAGAUUUGAGCCACUGCGCUACCGACUCGUCGGCUCUGAUGAACGGACGGGAAACUCGAAAUGAGGAUCUACACGAAUGAGUCGGAUGAAUGGUUUACCCGAUGCUUGUUUUAAUCGCUUGUUACUGACACCACUUAAACGGAGCUGCCGCCAUGAAAAUGAAACGGAGAUUUUUGCCCAGAUGCUGCUCUUUCUCUCCCUGACGUGCCCUAAGCUAAGUAAAUGGACACAAUGUUGCUGGCCUCGGCCGCGGUGGUAUGGGAAUGGCUGAACGAGCACGGCCGCUGGAGGCCCUACAGCCCGGCUGUGUCUCAUCACAUCGAGGCGGUGGUCCGAAGCGAAUCGCGGGGAGGGAGCGUCGUGCUAGGCCAAGCCGACAGCCGCCUCUCGCCCUACAUCAUCGACUUACAGUCAAUGCAUCAGUUCAGGCAGGACACAGGUACGUUAAGGCCAGUACGUAGAAGUUUCUAUGAUCCUACUUCAGCACCAGGUCAGGGCUGGCUAUGGGAGUGGGAGAAUGAUGCGGGUUCUUGGACACCAUACGACAUGGAGGUGUGUAUUGCCCUGCAGGCGGCACGGGAUCGCCAGCAGCCAUGGUUGGAUCUGGCACCGCUUGGCUUCUGCUAUCUUGUAGACUUUCAGAGCAUGACUCAGAUCAAUCAGCAAACACAGAGACGCCGCCGCAUCCAGAGACGCUCAGACAUGACCUAUCCACUUGUCUCUGGGCCAUUGCCGAAAUCCUCUCAAGGUUGGGGCACUGGGCCUGGAGGAGCAGCUGGUGGUGGAAGCACUGCAGGGGGAGGUUCAACUGGAGCACUUCUGGGAGUUGGAGUUUCUGGCUCUAGCUCAAGUGGAAAUGGUGGUCCACUCUACCCUAGCGGAACACUUUCAAUGUCAUCUCUUUCCUCCCCUGGACAGCCGUGUGCCUGCCAACAGUGCAUGCUUGUCUUGAGCGUGAAAUCAAAUGCCAUGGCAUCCCAAACGCUAGGACGAAGACUGCCACCCACAAAAGCAAUCAGUCCUAAAUCCAGCCAAGGGACACUUCCAUACUCCUCUACAACCUCAUCCAUAUCAAAUUCAUACUCACAAACAUUGCCUCAUGGGCUGUCAUUGAACCGCUCCCUCUCACAAGAGCGCAAGAAUGCUGCUGCUUUUGCUCAGUCUUUGUCCAUGCUCACUUCAAACACUGCCACUCUUUCACUGUCCUCCAAUCGCCCACCUCCUCCAUCUUUGCCCCCUCCACCACCUCCACCAACAUCCCAACAGCAGUCUUUAUCCAUGCCAAGCUGUACCUCAACAACAUCAUCUCCAUCGGUGCCAACUGCAACACUCAUCACUGUGGCCACAAGCAGCACAUCAUGUUCAUCUUCAUCAGCAGCAUCAACAGCCGUUCCACCUCAACGUUCUGCAGCUUGUGCCGCUCCUUUGCCCCCUCGUGCCAGUCUGGCAGCACUAAGCCGGCCAGCGCUGCAAAGAAUUGCUAUGGCACAAUCCCGGGCACUCAUCGCCUCUGGCGUGCCAACAGUGCCAGUGAAGAACCUCAAUGGUUCCAGUCCCAUCCAUCCAGCUUUAGCAGGAAUCACAGGUAUUCUGAUGAGUGCAGCAGGACUACCUGUGUGUUUGACUCGUCCUCCUAAACUGGUGCUCCACCCUCCUCCUGUCAGCAAGAGUGACAUCAAACCCAUCCCCGGUCUUGGACACUGUUGCCGGAAAACCACCAAAAAACAGGCUCGCAAAGGCAAGACUCCAGAGGAGGUUGUGAAAAGGUACCUACAGAAAGUCAGGAAUCCUCCUGAAGAGGACUGCACUAUCUGUAUGGAGCCUUUGACUGGCCCCUCUGGUUAUAAAGGCCCAGGUGUGGGUGCUGUGUCCCGCGCAGAGUCAGUGGGUCGACUGACACAGUGCGGCCAUCAGUACCAUCUGCAGUGCCUGGUAGCCAUGUACAACAAUGGCAACAAAGAUGGAAGCUUGCAGUGUCCCACAUGCAAGACAAUCUAUGGUGUGAAGACGGGCAACCAGCCACCUGGGAAGAUGGAAUACCAUGUCAUCCCUCACUCACUCCCAGGACACCCUGACUGCAAAACUAUUCGCAUAAUAUACAACAUACCACCUGGUAUACAGGGCUCUGAGCACCCAAACCCAGGAAAGCCUUUCACAGCAAGAGGAUUUCCACGCCAUUGCUAUCUUCCAGACAGUGAGAAAGGACGGAAGGUGUUGAGACUUUUAUUGGUAGCAUGGGAUAGGAGGCUGAUCUUCUCAGUUGGUACGUCUAGCACCACGGGCGAGUCAGAUACAGUCAUCUGGAAUGAGAUCCACCAUAAAACCGAGUUUGGCUCCAACCUCACAGGCCAUGGCUACCCUGAUACUGGCUACCUGGACAAUGUGUUAGAGGAGCUGAAGGCCCAAGGCAUGACAGAGGAGGAUGGACAGCAACUGUGAGGAACAGGACAGACCGAGGAAAGAGUAUAGGGUUCAAAUGAAAGCUGUAGCUAUGAGACGUGGACUUAAAAUAGGAGGGGGAUACCAGGACAGUGAGGCUUUUUUGUUGGGUUUUGGGAAACGUUGUGUUUUGGGAAAAAUCUUUUCUGAGGCACAAAGUGUAUAUGUCUGUACAUGUGUGCAUCCAAAAGUGACUGUGUGUUUGAAUUAAGGAGGGGAAAAAGAACAAAACUGAAGUGACAUUUGCUCAAUUGUGGACUAAAUGUUAUACAUAAAUGAAUGAAAGCUGUGGUUUGACUAAAUCAGGCAUUCCUGGCCCUCUAAUUUAUUGAUUAAUAUUAAUUAAUAAAUAGGCAGCACUAAUACUGAUAGCAAGAAAAGGGAGCACUGAAAGAAAGGAAAUGGCAAAGGUUCAGCAACAGAAGGAAAAGAAAGUAUACUGAAUAGAGAGAUGGGAAAUGGAGGGGUAGUUAAAAUUGUGGUGGGAGCCUAAGCAAAAGAAUGAGAAUAAGAAAGGCCAAAGAAUGUAGUUUUAAUCUCAUAAGUUAAUAAAUUAGGUAUCUGUUUUGGUAGAGCUAUCAUGAAGGUUUGUGCGUGUGUCUCUGUGCUUGUGGGAAGGUAAGAGGAAAGCCUUGUGCCCUCAAAUAAUUCGCUUUUUCUUAAAAACAUUCCUUAUAUGAACAUUUCAUAUGAUUGAGUUAUAUAAUCUGAGACCUGAGUGCUUAACAUGCAUCAUGAUUGCUGUUAUCAUGUAAUACCAUUCCAUGUGUUAGAUUUAUUUCCUAUAAUUUUUAUUGCAUUAUUUUUGUAAGAGUCAUGGAUGAUGGUAUGCAGGUGUGGCUCAGAGUGCUGAGUCUGUUGAACUACCCUGUCACAGAGUUGUAAACACCUACGGUGUAGUUCCUGUAGAAUAAGAGGAUGCUUAGUGUGGACUGAAAAACAACUAAAACAAUUUCUGUUGGUGUUUAGCAAAAAAAAAAAAAAUCAAAUGUCAUUUUCAGUCCAGGUUUACACACAUUCUUUGCAGCCAUAUAUAUAUAUAUAUAUAUAUAUAUAAACUGAAGAAGAUUAGUGCCUCAUUGAGGUGUUGGGUAUGAUUAAUGUCCUGGCUUUUCAUAGUGAUAGAGUGUUAAAGGACAAAUUUGUAUAUGAUACAGCACAUUCAGAUUAAUAGCAGUAAAGAACACUUGAUAUAAAUGGAGCUGGAGGAUUUUUCUAUGUUUAGUGUUGGUGUAAUAGAAGAGUCCUAGUACAAAGAGGUUAUAUUGAACAGGUUAUGAGGAAAGAAUGGAAGCUCAAGCAGCAGUUUGGAAUUUAAGUAUCAAUAGAUAUUUGUUCAAAACAUGAACAAACUAUAUAGGCAAAAGUUUAUGGACACCUGAUCAUCAUGCUCGUAUUUCUGUCUUCCCUAAACUGUUGCCACAAAGAUGGAAGCACAUAAUUGUAUAAAAUAUCUUGGUAUGCUGUAGCAUUGAGAUCUCCCUUCCCUGGAACCAAAGGACCCAAACCUGUUUCAUCAUUACAGUGUCCCGUGCUUAAAACGAGGUCCAUAAAGACAUGGUUUGCCAGGGUUGGUGCGGAAGAACUUAAGUGGCCUCACAAAGUCCUGACCUCAACCCCACUGAACACCUUUUAGAUAAAUUGGAAUGUUGACUGCAAACCAGGCCUCACUUGACACCAUUCCCUGACAUCUUUAAUGCUCCUGUGGAGGAAUGGGCACAAAUAACCACAGUCACAUCCCAAAAUCUAGUGGAAAGCCUUCCAAGAGUAAGUGGAGGCUGUUAUAACAGCAACCAGGGGGGCACACAACUAAAUCUUUGUUAAUGCCCAUGGUUUUUGAAUGCGCACUUAUAUGAUGGUAAGGUGUCUACAUAUUUAGUUUGACUAUAUAGUGUAUUAAGACUGCAAAUCUAAAUACCUUUAAAUUUAAUAUUUAUACUCAUUCUCUAGAUUCACAACUGAAUGGUUAGGAUCUGUUUACAGUUUAAUGCAAGUGUGGCCUCAGUGUUGAUUCAGUGUUCAAUUUGGAUUUUUUGGUGUGUGAUCCAAGCUGUGUUGCACUGCCUUCCAUACCCUCCCUGUUGGUUAUCCAGUUUGUGUGUUCAGUCAGUAGCUGACUUAUUGUGUCUUUCUGUCUUUGACCCAGUUGUGUGCCAUAAUUGUGUCUCUGUAAGAGUGAAAACAUGCAUGUAUGAGCACAGAUGUCACCCUUAUGCAUGCAUUUGUGCUUGAUUGCGUUUGCGUGUGUGUAUGUAUGCGUGUGUGUGUGUGUUUUCUGACCAAAUUUAUGGUACAAUUAUUUUCUUAUUUUCUGCAUGCAUUUCUUUUCAGUACAUAUUUAGUACAGUGGUACCUGCAUUUCUUUACUUAAUCCCAUUCCAAGUUAAAUAUUUCACACCUUAAGGUACUAGGUUAUAAAACUCACCAGUUUUUCUGAGGUGUACAGAAAUCUUCUGUAUUUGUUAUUGUCUUUUCUUUGUGAAAAGGAACCUAAAAGUAGAAUUCUCCGAGUGUGUAAAAUGUCAUAUUCUCUGAGCAGAGUCAGCUUCCUCUUCCCGUUAACACCUGAACAGCAGAAAUCUCAAGUCAUUUACAGUCAUGUUUGGGAGACAUGUGAAAUGGAUGACAUUUAGCUUUUUUAUUGUAUUUUCUGCACUGCAGGAAGUUUGGAUAAAAUGCAGGAUCAAAACAACAAAAUAUGUGUAUAUACUAAUGGGGGAAGUAAAUACAACAAUUUUGAGGUACAUUAAAAAAAUAAAGAAUGAGUGAUAGUUGCUUGAGUUCUCGUAUGACUCUUUUGUAAUAAAUACAGUGCACAAUUGAAGUGUGCAUUAUUUGUUCUUCUACUUUAUUACAUUAUACUUAGCCUUGCAAACUGCAUUUCUGUUUAUUUUUCCUUGUGCAUGUUUAAUAUUGCAAAUGCAGGACUUUGGGUCAGGACUUUGACUUGGCCAUUCCAAAACAUUAAAUUUAUUCUUCUUUAACUAUU